UCGUUUAUUAGCCUUUUCUAUUGCUGAUGUGUUUUUAUGGUAAUUUAUUACAUUCUUCAGUGAAUUCAUACAAAAGCAAGCUGUGAAGUAUGUUCGAGCGUUGCAGUGGAUCUUGCACUAUUACUACCACGGAGUUUGUUCCUGGGGCUGGUUUUACAGCCAACACUAUUCGCCAUACGCAACGGACGUGGCUGAAAUUGGCGAUGUUUCGCUGGAGUUUGAUUUAGGCGUUCCUUUUCUACCGUUCGAACAACUUUUGGCGGUUCUGCCACCGCUCAGCGCCGGGCUUCUUCCCAAACCUUAUCAACGCUUGAUGACCGACGAGCAGUCGGUUUUGUACCAAUUUUAUCCAAUAGAGUUCGAAACGGAUCUGAAUGGUAAAAAGAACGACUGGGAAGCUGUGGUGUUGCUGCCAUUUAUAGACGAAGAGUUGUUGCUCAAAACUGCUAGAGCGGUAAACAGCCAGCUCAGCGACGAAGAGAAGCAUCGCAAUUCUCCCGGCUUUCUAUUAUGUUUCCGAUGGGGCCUUUCUGAUUUAACCAAACUGUAUCGCGGACAGGAUGAUAAACCGGCCGUGAUAUGCGAACGAAUGUCCUCAUCGCAAUUUCACAUCGACCGUUCAGAGAUUGUCUACGGUUUGGUGCCGGGUGUCAAGGUCGGCGUGUACUUCCCCGGAUUCCCUACUUUCGGACAUCUAUCGUUCGAAAGUGACAUUGUUGAGAACGACGAAGGCAAUUGUCGCAAUGGCACUGCCGGAGAACGGGUUGCUCUCAAGGUGACUGGUUGUGAGCAGGAAAAAGUUGAAAGUAUGGCUAAGAAGUAUCUUGGGGAAGUGUUGUACGUCAACUGGCCGCAUCUGAAAGCUGCACUCUGUGUGAAGAUAUGUUCAGAGAACAGAUGGUAUGAAGUUUCGGCCGAAGGCGAGAUCGCUAGUCGAAUGAUAUGGGGCGAAACUGCCAUGGCGUUUCCUUCACAAAUUGUAGUCAGGAACUUAUUGGUGGAUCAAGUGUCGCUACGAUACACAAGCUUGUCGCAGAUGUUUCCUUGCGGGUCUACCGUAUUUGUGUUGAACCCAGAUUUUUACGGCUGUGAAGGUAUCGUUUUGGAGCAUGUGAACAAGUCCCGUGUGUUGGUCUCAGUUACGUUACGUAGCGAGCCGGACUUAUCUGAAUUGAGGGCAGUCGAUGCGGCACGACAGAACAUCGGGUUGGAUUUAAAGUACAAUAAGCUAAAGAAAGAGAUUCCGGAUUACAGCCACAGAGACGAGUAUGGCUUGUGGUGGUUUUCCGAAAAGGUGUUGCCACUCGUUUCAGAGUAUACUCACAACCGAAUGCGUCGUUUCGAUGACCUCCGCCAGUGGCUGAAGUCCCUUCCGACUUCCCGUCUGUCGAAGCUAACCAGCGGCACCGAUUACGCCAGCGAGGACCAGAUUCAAAAGCUGGAGCAAACCAUAAUGCACUCAGAGAUGAAGUCGGUCCAAAAGAAGCUCACUGUUCACCCGACUUUCCUGUACCGAAGUGUCUUGUCCAGCGAUUUGUGCUCAGUCGAACCAGUGUCUAGUUUUCACCUGUUUGACCGAGUGGUCAACGUGAGAAACGGUAGUCUUGUGCCUCUAGGUCUUCGCGGAACCAUCGUGGCAGUGAUAAAACGAGAUACUGGUGAAAUAUGCAAGGUGGACGUGGUGUUCGACGAAGCGUUUCCUGGCGCUGAGUCGAUUCGCGGAAGCAAGUCAAGCGGCUACCGAGUUGAACCUAGUUCGCUUAUUAAUUUGUCCUUUCACGGCGGUCAGCGAAAGCCUUGGCAGUCAGAACGAGCUGGUUUACAUAAAUCUCGCGCGGACCUUGGAAUCAAAUCAGUCAAUCAGUGUUCAGCUGUCGUGCAGCAAAAAAGCGUUUUUAACAAACUGAACGAACCUCAAUCAAGCGUUAUUCUUCCUGCACCUCCUGCCCCUCCCCCUCCUCCGCGCGGCGCAUACCCUACCAGGGUGUUUACAAACCAUGCCAUGCGAAACAGCGGGCGCUUGGGUGGCGAAGAUCUGUUCGAGAAACUUACUCGCUCUUUGCAGACGGCUAGUCUGCACCCUGAAUUCAUUGACGACCUUCGCACACCAUACAAGGGUCUUAGCUGUAGUCGGGUGAUGUCCAGGCCCGCUGCCUUCAUGAACCAGAACUUUCCUGUACGUCCUGCCAGACCUUGUAUGCCUUUUUACUUACCACCUCCUGCCAGAAGAAAUGUCUGUUUGAGUGCGAGUAGCCGACCGUUGUUCUACGGCGGAAUUCCUGUUUAUCCAGAGGCAAAAGUUAUCCCUGUGCAGCCACACUCUGGAGCAUUUGUACCGCUUCAGGUAUUGCGAAACAUGAAAGUGACGUCACCGCACAAGUCUAAUUCUUCCUGGGGAAAAAAGCAUGAAACUUCAGCGGGCGUCGAGAUCAAGAAGGACUUCGUAUCCCGUGGCGGGGCAUCACGACAAAAUAAUGUCUUCAGUAAAGUGCCAGUGCUUCAGGGGAAGUUGGAUCCAAUUGAGGACAACUGGCGGCUACGAUCAUCACGCUUGGCAGCCAGGUUUGCCACCGACGAUUGAGG